UACUGUCACUUUCGAUAUUGCUACCAUUUAAUUUGAUACUAAAACAGGUUAUGCUAUAAUACGCUCGCAAAAUAUGAUGUAACAAUAUAUUGUACUAAUUUCUACGAAGUUAAUAUAAAAAUAUACAAUCUUCCUACGUCACAGAGAGAAUGAAAAAUCGAGUGACGCCUUAGCAGUAAAAUGAACCUGAACGAAUCCAAUCGAAACGAUCAACCAAAACUUUUGAUUCUGAAUAAUUUCGAAAAUAAUUAAUUAUACAAGAUAUUAAAGAAAUGCUGUUGUUGAUAAGGAAAAAGAAUUCUGUUUUCCGCUAAACAAAACCACCGGUUUAAAAUGAACACCUUAUAAUCGAUAAUGACAUUCGUCAAUUCUAACACUGCUACAAGUUUUCUUUUAUCAUUGUUUGAAAAUAUUCAAGAUUGUGUGAUUUUCCAUGGUUUCUUAUGCAGUGAACUAAUAAUGUAAUACCAUUGAAAAUUUAUUUUCAUCCUUCAAGAUCAUGAAUAUAAUCAUGUAGAGUUUAGUAUAAAGAAGAUGAUGCCUCAUUUUGUAGCUCUGACACCCAUAAGAAGACGAUGUCUGAUCAUUCUUUCAAUAGUAUUAGUACCAUGCGCUAUUUUAAAUCUUUUGUCACCAUCAGAGUUACAAGAAGAAACAAUUUUACAAAAUAAUAUUGCAGAAUUGCAAGCUAAAUUGGAACAUCUACAUGCUAAAUAUGUUACAAGUCAGGAAGAAAUAAAUCUAUUAUCACACCAGUUGUUACAAUUGAUAGAAAAUAAUCACAUUUUACCAGAUCUUCAAUUUCUUCUGAAUAAUGUUACAUCAAAUGUGACCAAUAUAAAGUUGCCAUCUAUUUACAACUUUCUUCCUCAUUUUUUGAAUGAUCCUGGUAGUCUACGGCCAGCAUUUGUUCAAAGUAAAGGGCGUACAGGAGUCAGUAUGGUAUUAGGUGUACCAACAGUUAAAAGAGAAGUACAGAGUUAUUUAUUGGCCACUCUUAAAAACUUAUUGGAUCGGAUGAGUCCUGUGGAAACAACAGACACUUUAAUCAUUGUUUUAAUUGCAGAAACAGAUUUGGAAUAUGUGACAUAUGUUGCAAAACAAAUUGAAGUUCAAUUUCCAACCGAAUUUGAGGCUGGUGUAAUUGAUGUCAUAUCUCCAUCUGCAUCUUACUAUCCAGACUUAUCUAAAUUACGUGACACUUUAGGUGAUGAUCACCAAAGAGUAGUCUGGAGAUCUAAACAAAAUUUAGAUUUUGCAUUCCUUAUGUCGUAUGCUCAGACAAAAGGGACAUUUUAUGUACAAUUAGAAGAUGAUAUUUUAGCUAAAAAAAAUUUUAUAAGUACAAUGAAAUCCUUUGCAUUACAAAAAAUUGCAACAAAAGAAAACUGGUUUGUGUUGGACUUUUGUCAGUUAGGAUUUAUUGGAAAAUUAUUUAAAUGUGCAGAACUGCCAUGGCUCAUCCAAUUUUUUUUAAUGUUUCACAAUGAUAAACCAGUUGAUUGGUUAUUGGAUCAUUUAGUAUCGACCAAAGUUUGUAGCCUUGACAAAGAUAGUAAACAUUGUAAGAUGGCUAAGGCAGAAUUAUGGGUUCAUUAUAAGCCUUCUCUUUUUCAACAUAUAGGAACACAUUCUUCAUUAAAAGGAAAAGUACAGAAAUUAAAGGAUAAGCAGUUUGGAAAAAUAACAUUGUAUUAUGCACAUGAAAAUCCAGAAGCAACUGUAGAAACACAAAUUAAGCCUUACAAACAAUAUACAUUACAAAAAGCAUAUAAAGGUGAAUCAUUCUUUUGGGGUUUAUUGCCACAGCCAGGAGAUCACUUAAAAUUCAAAUUUUCGCAUCCAAUUUUUAUAAAAAGGUACUUAUUUAGAAGUGGAAAUCCCGAACAUCCAUCUGAUAGAUUUUAUAAUACAACAGUAGAAGUUUUUACGGAACUAUCUUCAUCAUUAAAUAGAAAUAGUAAUGACAUUACCGAAGAUGGUUAUCUCAUUAUAGGAAAAUUCGAUGCACUUGGGAUUGCUCAAGGAACAGUAGAUCGAAAAUUAGGAAAAAUAUUGGUACUUCGCUUGACGGUACACAGCGAAAGUGAAAAUUGGGCAAUCUUAUCUGAGAUUCAUAUAGUUGAAGAUCACCCUAGUUGACCCCCGGAAAAAAUAUUACGAAAGUUUUUUCGACACCAUUUACAGGGGUAAUACAUUUAACAAUAAAUUAUUAAAUUAUUUUUUAAUUUUAUUCCUCGUAUCAUUAUGUUUUGAUACAUUAUAAAUUAAAUAUUGUUUCUUUAAUACCGUCCAACGUGAGAAACUUAAUUAAAUAAUGUUUU